AUGGAGCAGGCGGACAGUACAACCUCCCGGCUGCGCUGGAUUUGCGCCUGUGGACUGGCCCUCUCCGUGUAUUCACUGUACGUGAAAAUGAAAAUGGAGGAUGAUGAGAACUACAAGCCCCUCUGCGAUGUGAAUGAUAAUAUUAGCUGCUCGGUGGUAUUUAAAUCAGUAUAUGGUGAAGGCUUUGGGCUUAGUAAAAUAACCAAACUGAAUUUCCCCAACGGAGUCAUUGGAUGUGCAUUUUACAUGCUCUAUUUUCUGAGCUCCUUUUUGGAACAUCAGUUGCUGUGCCUGGCCCAAUUGGUAAUAUGCACUUUGACCCUAUUCCUCUGCGUUUAUCUGGGAUUCCUGCUCCUGUUCGUCUUUUACGACUGCUGUUUGGUGUGCCUGGCCAUCUAUUUAAUACACACAUGGCUCUUUCAGGAAGUCCUACGUCGCUAUAGACGUCUCUAUUUGUAA